AUGGCCUCUACAGCUGCCAGCUAUAAGAUCGAUUUUUAUGACUACGACGGUCCUCCAGAUACCGGAUGCGAGAAUGAGCAACUCCUGUGGCGUGGGAAAUGGAAUGGCGAUGUGAAUACACGAUGUACCACUCUCGAACCCACCGACAAUGUGAAAUACAUUCGUAUCACAAAAGACCAUGAGAGCGACGACCAUCACAAUGUGCUUUUAUCGAGCUUCGGUGAUUGCGGCGAGGUCAACGCCAUUCGUGUCGGAGAAGGCUGCUUCGAUAUUUCUGGAACCCUUCCAGGCCUGAAGUCGUACCAGGUGGUUCCUCGCGAUAUUGAGCAGGAAGCAGAAAAGACAGUUGAUUCCUGGUGGGCCCCUGAUGGCGACACUUCGACACCCAUUCUUGUGUGGACUAUCACAACUAUCGGCGUCACGGUAGUCAAUACCAUCCGAUCACGUUAUGGGGAACUUAUCGCAGCCAAGUUUGCAGUCAUAGGGAGACCACUGUGGGCGUUCGUCAGCUCGCACUUCAUCUCAUUGAUACUUACUGCACAGGUUUUUGCCAGUGGAACAGUAUACUGGAAACGACAGAUGGGAAAUCGGGAACCUUGCAAAAGGACUGAGCCCAAGAUAGAUAUAUUGAAGACCGUUACGGAAAUAGCCCCUCUCGGUGAAGUUGAGUCUAUCCAGGCCAUUGCCACUCUGAAAGACGGACGCACUAUGACCAUCAAUCACCAGGUCAUGAAGGACGAAGCCAAAUAG